UGUGAUAAAAAUGGUGGCCAAUGCUCGGGGAGGCGACUGAGUCCUCUUGGCUAGAAGCUUUUCCCCCUUUUCCACGGCGGAAAGUUUGGCUCCGAGUCCGCGGUGUAGAGAGCGAGAGCAGCGGCGAGCGGCUGGAGUGGACACAGAGCUGGAGUGGACGCAGGGCUGGAGUGGACCAUGGUUCUAUCAUGAGUGAGCAGCCCCUGGACCUCUGGUUCUGUGAGCAGUGCCAGCUCCCCUUCUCAGACCACUGCCCCACCCAUGGUCCCCCUGUGCUGGUGCAGGACACUCCGGUGCCUCUGGGGACAGCGGGCAGGGCCUCUCUCACGCCCCCUGCUGGUGUAGAGGUCUUCACUGAGGGCCAGGAGGUGGACGUCCGCUGCACUGGCCUCGGGUUUCCUCUAGGGGCAGUGUUUGGGCCCUACGAGGGAGAGCUGGUGACUAAAGACAGGUCAUCUGGCUUCUUCUCUUGGAUUAUCCUUGAUGCAAACAACACAUAUCAGUCGAUUGAUGGAAGUGAUGAGACCAAAGCAAACUGGAUGAGGUUUGUGCGCACUUCUUCAGAUGACAGCGAAAGAAACCUCACGGCCUUCCAGCGCGGUAAACAGAUCUACUUCAGAGUGUGUCGCCCCCUGGAGGCCGGAGACAGACUCAGAGUGUGGUACAGCCCAGAGUAUAUCCAGAGACUGCACAGUGUGUCCCAGGGCAAAAUCGAACAAACACUCAAGACAGGUCCUGAAGUCUCAGCCAACUUCAAAACCAGGGAGGACUCCGAAGACCAGCCUCCUGCAAAGAGAAAGAAAAUCGACUUGAUUUUUAAAGACGUUUUGGAGGAAAAGUGUAAAGUCCCAUUGCACACGCUGACCCUGAACGCAGCAGCAGACACAUGUAAAAUCCCAGCGCAGACGCAGACCUUGAACAGAGCGCAGGACGGGGGUUCAUGUGGGCUGGUUCUGAAGCAGGAACCAGAGGAACCGUCCACGUCUUUCUGUCCCAACUGCGUGAAGUUGAAACGGAGGGUUGCGGAGCUAGAGGCGGAGAUAGAGCGUCUCCGGGGGCAACAGGCGACACCCAUAAACGACCAGACCCCGCCCCCUUGCGUCGAACAAGCGCCUAUUGAAGAGUACCAAGUGAUGGAAUCCCUAACACCAUCUCAAGUUGUGUUUGACGAAGACGAGCAGGACUUGGACUCCGCAGAUGAAUCCAUGUCCACAGACCUGGUCAUCUCCCCCGACGACUCCUCCUCCAAAAUCUCAUGCGCGGGCGGUCGGCGAAUAAGACGCUUUAAACAGGAGUGGCUCAAAAAGUUCUGGUUCCUUCGAUAUUCCCAAACGCGCAAUGAAAUGUGGUGCCACGUUUGCCGCCAGUACACCGUUCAGUCCUCGCGGACUUCUGCUUUCAUAGUUGGUUCGAGACAGUUCAAAAUCCACACUAUUAAACUCCACAGCCAGAGCAACUUACACAAGAAAUGCCUGCAGCUUUACAAACUGAGAAUGCACCCGGAAAAGACUGAAGAAAUGUGUAAAAAUAUGACGUUGUUGUUCAAUUCGGCGUAUCAUUUGGCUUUGGAAGGGCGGCCAUAUUCUGAACUGCGGUCACUGGCGGAGUUACUGAAGAAAUGCGAACUUAAACUAGUCGAUCAAUACAUGAACGAGGGAGAUUGCCAAAUUCUCAUUCACCACAUCGCAAGAGCAUUAAGAGAAGAUUUAGCUGAGAAAAUGCGACUGUCGCCAUUUUUAAGUGUUAUUAUGGAUGCGCAAAACAACGAUUUAUUUUCGGACACGGUAGCGGUUUACGUCCAGUUGUUGGCCAAUGAUGGUUCUCCCAAUACCGAACUUCUAUCGCUGCAAAGAUUGUCGAUCGCGAACGCUGAAGGCUGUCUUCAAGCGUUAGAGCAAGCUUUUAGUGGUACGGGCUUGCAAUUCCAGGAGCUAUUAGUGGUCGGAUUUGGGGUAGACGGCGGAAAUAUUUCUUUAGCAACCAGAGCGGAUUUGUACGUUGCAUUGCAGAAGAUAUUCCCAUGGAUUUUGUGUCUUCCCAUCAUGAUAAGUCGACCGCAUCUUGAAAUUCUGGAUGCACUUAGCGGCAAAGAGCUGUCAUGUUUGGAAGAUUUGGAAAACAAUCUUAAACAGUUACUGAGUUUCUAUCGCUACUCUCCUCGAAUGAUGUCCGAGCUAAGGGACGCCGCACCAACUCUGUCUGAAGAAACUGAAUUUCUUGGCGAUAUCCGAGCAAUUCGUUGGAUCAUCAGCGAACCAAAUGUGCUCAACGCUCUGAUAAAAGAUUAUUUCGAAGUUGUCGCUCACUUGAAAGAAAUAAGCACACAAACGCAACGUGCCGACGCUUCUGCCAUUGCUUUAUCGCUUCUCCAGUUUCUUCUAGAUUACCAAUCCGUCAAACUGAUGUACUUUAUGUUGGAUAUCAUUGCUGUUUUGUCAAGAUUGGCUGUAACAUUUCAAGGUGAGGUCGUACUGGUGUCCAAAGUGGAAAACAAAAUCGAAGAAGCUAUUCAGGAGAUAGGCCUGCUUAGCCAGUCCCCAGGCGAGUAUCUCCAAGAGUUUGAAGACAACUUUCGAGAUAGUUUUAAUGGCGUGGAUCUGAAAAACUUGCUUGUUGCGGAAUCAAAAUUUCAAUCAAUUCGUGAAAAGAUUUGCAACAAAAGUCAGGGUAUCUUGAGUCAACAUCUAGAAUUGCAAAGUUGUUCAUUCGCCAAAGCGUGCAAGAUUUUUGACUUGUCUGCGUGGCCUGAAAAUACAGAGGAAUUGCACACUUUUGGAGAGGAGGAAAUCCAAAUCAUCUGUGGACAUUUGAAGACAUUUCCCUCAAUUAGACAAGAGCUAACCUGUUCCGAAGCUAGGAACAAUAUAACAUGUGAAUGGCAAGGGUUAAAGUUCAAUUACAACUCUAGCGGUUUUAAAGAUAUCCUCAGUCACAUCUCCACAAACAAGCAACGUUAUCAGAUCUUAAGUAUAGUCGCCCAGUUUGUAAAAGUGCUCCCAAGUUCAACUGUUUGCUACGAAAAGGGACGUGCGGCGAUGCUAAAGGCGGGAAGAAACAGUCGACCCAGGCUAACGCUGGAGCAGAUGAACGACAUGCUAAUGCUAGCGGUGAAUGGGCCGCCCAUAGCUAGCUUCGAUGCUAAAAGAGCUCUAGACAGUUGGUUUGAGGAGAAAUCGGGGCAGAGUGAUGCAAUUUCGACUGCGAUGGUGGUGAAAAUGAUGGAUGAUAAACAACACAACAAUGAAACAGAAUUUUACCCAGAUAUUUAGACAAAUUACAGGUAAGUCUGAAGGACUGUAUAUAUAAAUGGACAUAGCUAGCCUGCUAGCCGCAUUUUAAAUAGGAAGUGAGCAUGGGGACGCUUCCUGCUCCACUGAAUCCAUAGCUCCAUUUCACUUUCUAUUGAUAAAACUGUUGCCCUCUCUUUGAAAUUGCUGUUAAAAACAUAAAAAUGUGGUUUUAAAAUGUUCAUAUUAACCUGCUCUUCAUGAUCCUGGUGUUUUUAUUUCACUAUUUCAUCAAUAUUUAUCAAUUUAUGAACAUUAAUAACAGACAAACUGGUGCCUUCUUUCCCCGCGCUCCCUAUGUCUAGCGUUAGCGACAGGUUUGAUUGACAGUGUAGCUAAGUGCCCGCUCCCUGCCAGGAAGGGGCGUUACCUUCAGCAGCCUCGCACCUGAUUGGCUCUUUGGUUGCUAUGAUACGCAUACUCGGACAUUGGCUCCAGAUUGACUUCAUUUGACUGGAGCCGAACACUAAAUUACUUUUUUUGGACACUGAUCUAUUUUUGAAAACUUAAAUUAAAUAAUAUAAUAGUUUAUAAGUUCAAUAUUCACCUGUCAGCCAAUCAGAAAAGAAUAUCUUGGCAGAUUUUGCUUGUGUUGUUGUGUUUGGAUAUAUUUUUGGAUAUAUAUUUUUUACAUACCUUAAGUUGCAUAAAAGUCUUUAUAUCAUUCUGCAAUAAUAUAAAAUGUAAUUUUUUGCCAAACUUUAUCAUCAUUUAGCUUUGCCUUAUUUGUACAUGGGGGAAGAUUCAUAGACUGAAUGUAAUGUUAAAAAUAAUAAACCAAAAGAGGCCACUGAACUCGCUUAUCACUGCUACAUUAUCAAUUUUAGACAAUGUUAUUCCAAUUACAUCUUGUCCAAUCUUUAAAAAUAAACUUACAUUUUAACAUUU